CAGUUGUUAUAUAUAUUAAAAUACAUUCUGUAAUUAAAUCACAAAGCAAUGUAUAAUUUUCAGUGUUAAGUUUGUACACACGUCUGUUUAAAUUCAUGGUCACGAUUCCCGAUAGCAGACUAAGUUUUUGUAACAGUUGCGUAAAAAUAGUACUUUUUUGAGAGUAUAACAUAAUGUGUUAUAAAACUAUAAUAAUUUCUUCUAUAAAUAAAGUCUGUAAUUAUUAUAAUGUGAACCAUAUUCGAGUGUUUAAGAACUUACAAAAUUAACCGUGGCGUGAGUUUUUAAUGGUUUUGACGUAUUUAACGAUGGGUGAAAAUUUAUGAUGACCCGACCCGACAGAAAUAUGUCCGACCAAGGUUUAAUAUUAUGAAGGUGGGUACAAAUACGUAUAGUGUACAUAUUGUAAAUAAUGUGAAUAUAGUGAAUGUCGAUGAUGACGUAUGCACAUAAACCACAACAGUCCACCGCCAUCUCCUUCCAUCAGGCAUACGGAUCACAUGGUCCAGUGACCAGUUCAGUAUAGUUUGGUAAUAAUAGUAAACAACUGCCGUAGUGUGGUUACACUAAACAUAUAUUAUAUAAUGAUACAAUUCUAUCGCCGAAAGCGCCUAUGCACAGUUUGUCGUCACGCCAUCGUUUAGACGGUCAGCUGUUUGUGUGGCGCCGUUCAGAAAAAUCGAACUUACAACGAGAGAGAACAUUAUGAACGCGGUUAAAAGCAACAACGUUUUAGCGCUAUGCGUUUCGAUUCUGAUAUCCUCGACGUUUCCCGCUGUAGUCGUCGCAAUUUACAACAAUUAUGCAGUUGUACACGGACAUACGGGAAACAAAUCCGAUUCGAAUACUUUGAGACUGGUCCACGCGGUUUUUAGACACGGAGAACGAACGCCUGCCGACACAUACCCUCUGGAUCCAUAUAUAAAUUCGUCGUGGGAGCCAUUCGGGUGGGGUCAACUGACAAAUAAUGGUAAACGAAAACAAUACGAGCUCGGAAAAUUUAUCAAAAAGCGUUACUCUGGAUUUUUGGAAGUCCUGUACUCUUCGAAAAAAGUCUCAUUUAGAAGUACUGACGUGGACAGAACCCUAAUGAGUGCUCAGCUAGUCGCGUCUGCCAUAUACAAGCCAGUUGGAGCACAGAAAUGGAAUAAGUAUUUAGAUUGGCAACCUAUUCCAAUACAUUCGGAACCUCUCAAUCACGACCGAUUGUUAUUAGUGCGAAUAAACUGUCCCAAGUAUCACGAAGAAAGACAAAAAAUAAUGAAUUCCACCGAAGUUCUCGAAGAGCUUAACACUUAUAAUGAUUUAUAUGGUUAUCUGUCCAUUCACACUGGACUGACCAUUGAAGACCCUGAUGAUGUACAAUCGAUUUAUAGUACGCUGAAAGCCGAGGCGGACUAUGGAGUUGCCCUUCCAAGUUGGACAUCCAAAGUAUAUCCUACCAAAUUGGCCAAAGUUACAUCUAGAAGUUUUAUACUAAACUCAUACAAUAAUAAAAUGAAAAAACUCAAAGGAGGUCCAUUACUAAAACAAAUACUGGAAAAUAGUAAAGAUAAAAUAAACAAACAGUCCACACAUCAGUUGUAUGCCUACGCCGGUCAUGAUUCAACUAUAUCCAAUCUUUUAAUUGCUUUGGGUGUAUGGGAUGAGCAAAUUCCUACGUAUAAUAUGUUAGCAUUAUUAGAGGUACACGAAUCACAGAGAGGAAAUUUCUACUUAAAGGUGUUUUUGCGUAACGAAUCAUCGAUAGAGCCUUAUCACUUACAAAUACCUAAUUGUAAAGACGAUUUAUGUACUAUAGAACACAUCGAGAACUUGACUGCAAACGUGAUACCAUCGGAUUUGAGUGAAGAGUGCAAGACUGAUAAUCCCAAAUUUUCGAGUUUAAAAUUUACUGACCGAGGCCCAUAAAAUUACAAUUAGAACGGGUUAAUGAAUAAGAUUAGUGAUCACAUACUUAAGAUUACCAUCUAAAAUAUUAAUAUGUGAUAACUUAUUUUUUAUUUAAAUAACAAAGGUUUGAUUUAUUUUUAUUAUCCAAGAAAAGCAAUGAAUAUAUUUGGGGGUCUAACAAUUUGUCUUUUGAUAAUUGUAUUAUGUACAUCGGGAUUUUAUGACUCCGUAUGGGAAAUUAUUUUAAUUUGAUAAUAUUUAAACAAAAAAAAUCUUUAUUUGGAAGUUAUUUUUGUUAUUAUUUAAUAACAACAAAUAUACGCUAAAAAUCUAAAAUAAGAGUAUCAGAUGUAUUAGACAUUUUUUAGUGUGUAUUAUGUGUUUUAGAAUUUAAAAUUUAAUAUAUUUUCAAAUUUUUUAGUAUGUUAUGAUAUACGGUUUUAGUAUACCUAAUUAUACAAGAUAUUUAAUUAUUAGUUUUCUGAGUACAACAUAAUAAUAUUAAACUAUAAUAUAAUAUAUGUAUUAAUAAAUAAACAGUUUUUAUAAAGUUA